UCUGCUGGUCUUAUGAAAAAUAUUAAUGAAAGAAGAACUCUAAUUGGUUAUCAUAAUGCUUGGACCGAAAACUGCAAAGCAAACCAUCUUGUAUCAAUCGGUUAUUUUAUGGAUAAGCUAUGCUCAUUGGCCGGAAUUUGUGCAAAGUUAGUUGACUUUUUAAUUUAUAAGUUUAUGUGCCUGUAA